AUGACUUCCGAAGCCAAUCCCCACCACUACUCCCAAUCGCUACAGUCUCCCACCGCCAUCCCACCGCGGACAAGCUCCAACGGCGUCGUAAAUGGCAUCCCAACCAGCCCCCGACAAGCUGCCCCCCUCUCCGAAAGCGAAUGGAUGUCGUCGUCGAAGCGCAAACCACUGAGCACAACGAGCAAACAUGGCCGAAACAGAUCGAGUAUGGAUUGGACAAAGGCUAAAGAGGGUCUGUGGACGCAGGAAAAAGAGAGUAUCAUUAUGGGCCCGUACGACUAUAUCUCGAAGCAACCAGGGAAGGAUAUUCGCAAGCAGAUGAUUGCUGCAUUCAACGCGUGGUUGAAGGUGCCUGAGUCGAGUCUGGCGAUUAUUACUAAGGUUGUGGCGAUGCUACAUAAUGCUUCCUUGCUCAUCGACGACGUGGAAGACAACUCCGUUUUGCGACGAGGCAUCCCGGUGGCACACAAUAUCUUCGGUACAGCUCAGACUAUCAAUUCAGCGAACUACGUGUAUUUCCUGGCGCUACAAGAAGUCCGCAAACUUAACAGUGUCACGGCCAUGGACAUAUACACCGAGGAGCUUUUGAAUCUGCAUAAAGGGCAGGGCAUGGACUUGUUUUGGAGAGAUACCUUGACCUGCCCUACUGAAGAAGAAUACUUAGAGAUGGUCGACAAUAAGACAGGAGGACUGUUUCGUUUAGCUGUUAAGCUGAUGCAAGCCGAGAGUGAUACUGGAAGGGAUUGUGUGCCACUCGUCAAUGUAAUGGGUCUCAUCUUCCAAAUCUGCGACGACUACCUCAAUCUCUCAGACAAAACAUACAGCAAAAACAAAGGUCUCUGCGAAGAUCUGACAGAAGGAAAAUUCUCAUUCCCCAUCAUUCACAGUAUCCGCGCCGACCCAUCCAACGUUCAAUUGAUCAACAUCUUGAAACAAAAGACCAAGGACGAGGAAGUAAAACUAUACGCAGUAAACUAUAUGGAAAGCACGGGUAGUUUUGCGCAUACCAAGAAAGUUGUCGCACAGUUACGAGACAGAGCUUUGAAACUAAUUGAUGAGAUGGAUGGGGUCCAUGAUCAGGCCGAAGCCGAAGAUGCUCCACGGGAGGGACGAUUUGUUAGGGAGAUAUUGGAGAAGAUUGUUGAGCUGACGCUGAAGGAUAAGGAGAAGGAAGUCUAA